AUGGCUGGCAGCCUGUGGAAGACGAUUGUGGGACUUUGCCUCUCGGCCCAGUGGCUCUCGGUUGCCGCGCAGAGUCAGAAGCGCGGCAUCGCCCGGGCAAACCUGCGCGAGCACCAACUGCACGCGCUGAAGCAGGGCGUGUCCUGGGGCUACAACUGGGAGCUUGACCCCCACUUCCACUGGGGCAAUGCUGGGAUGGACUUCUCCCCCAUGGUCCACAAUGCAGGCUUCCAGCGUGGAGCAGGUGGUCAGCAGUUCAGGGCGCUGCUGGGAUUCAAUGAGCCGGACAUCCACUCGCAGGCCCACAUGGAUCCCUGGCAAGCAGCAGCCAUUUGGCCAGAGGUAGAGCAAGUGGCUCGGAACUAUGGCGUUCAGAAGCUUGUGAGUCCUGCCAUGUGCGGAGACAUCGGCAAAGGCACGUCCUGGAUGCAACAAUUCUUGGAUGCCUGCAAGGGUUGCCGGAUAGAUGCCAUCGCGGUCCACAGUUACUGGUGCAGCUUGGGCGGUGUGCAGAAUCUCAUUGAGCAGUACAGGCGCUUUGGGAAGAAGAUUUGGCUGACGGAGUUUGCUUGCGCUGCCCCAGGGGUGGACGUGUCCAUGCAGGGCCAGAUCAAUUUCAUGAAGGACGUGGUGCCGUGGCUUGAGCAAGAAGACAUGGUGGAGAAGUAUGCUUGGUUUAGCUACUUCACGAACGAGUGGGCGCAUGGCAUGACGAACCCCAACCCUGACGCUGGCCUGGUGGACUGGAACGGGGCCUUGUCUGAGCUCGGCCGUGUCUAUGUGAGUCUGGGCCACCGGCGCCUGGAAAGCAACACGAGCACCCCGGAAAUCGAGUCCAACGUGACUCAGCCCAUCUUUCCGUGA